CGGAACAAAAGUAUCCUCAAAACCAAACCCACCAUUUCUUUCCUAAUCGAAACCUUUAAAAGAAAUUAGGGUCUUACCGGCAAACAACAUUCUACUAUGGAGAGUAGCAGCAGCAGCAGCAUAAAUGGAGGAUUUUCCCAAAUUGGGUCUGUCAAACAACUAACAGCAGAUUCUAUUUCUCAAUUCAGAGAAGGGAUUCGGUUAAUUCUCUCUAAAUGGUCAGCUUUGCAACUCGCCGUUGAAAACGAAUGGGGUGGCCGUGGGUCUCACCUAUUAGCUGAGCAACUAGCCUCUGAUAUCUUCUCUUGGUUCACUCAGUCUAAAGAGCCGCUUUAUAUUGAUGAUUUGGAGAGUAUCUUGGAUGAAGCUAUGCUUUCUCUCAAUACCAUGAUUGAGGAUGGUAGCGUUGAAGAGGUAGCUGAAAAAUUAAUGAUUAUGCAUGAAGAAUGUUUAGAAGGCAAUUAUAGUUUUAUUCAAAAGUUGAGGGAUGAAGGUCCUAGAAUGGGAGCUCGUCAACAUGUCAAACAGGCUGUGGAGGAUGAUGAUGAUUCUGAGGACAGCGACAGUGAUGAUAAAAUGGGUGAUGAUGGAUCAAACAUGAUAGUGGAUACACCAGAAUUCCAAUUAAAGACAAAUCCAGUAAACAAGCCAGUCAAUGAGCCAGGGGCCAAGGAAGCUCAAUCAGAAGAUGGAUGGACAGUUGUUUCAUCUAGGCGAAACAAGGGUAAAAGGAAUUAGGCUAAAUUGUUGUGUAGUUUACCUUUUUUUGGUUUCUCGCCCCCCUGCUUUCUCUUCAAUACAGUGGAUGUUUCUAUUGGCAAUUUUGGUGUUCUAAUUAUUAAUUAUCAUGGGUCCUGCCUGGUUGGACCAAGUUGUGGCUUGCUAGAAUACGAUGAACCAUUGGUUUUUCUUCAGAGUAUUGUGAUGCUAUAAUAUGUUGGUUGAGUUCCAUCAAA